GUAUCAAAGCCAAGCGGGUCUUCGUGACCGCAUCUAUCUCUUCCAACACCGCUGUCAUCCAUACGUCCUCAAAGCCAGUUUUCCCCAUCAUACUCGGAAAUUCUUCAUCGCCAGUAACUGAGCUACCGCAUAGCUUCUUUCACCAUUGCUCUUGAGGUAUCAGCCGCAAAAAUGACUUCCGACGCACUCGACACAGACUUGAUUCAAACCAUGAUAAGAAGGGCUAUAGAACAACACUGCCGCACGUACGCUCUUUACUUGCCAAUAUCGUUUAGCUGGGAGGCGGACGCGACAAAUGCAGAAAGAGAUGUUAAAAGCUUUCAAGACAUCUUGAAAGCCUUGGGCUUGCCAAAGGCUGAGGAGCUUCGCCUACGAUCCAAACAUUCGUCACCUGGCCAAAUCGUGGCCAAAAAAGUCCACGAGCUUGUCACAAGAGGUUUCGAGACGGCCGGUCGGACCCUUAUUUUGAUCCACUAUGCGGGACAUGGAAUGCAGGGCAUACAAGGGCACCUGAACUUUGCUAGCUCGCAUGGCAGAGCUUUUAGAGUUGAUACUGCGCUCUUAGGACCUGUAAUGAACUUGACUUCAUCAGAGCCGGUUGAUGUGGUGUUUAUUUUUGACAGUUGCUACAGCCACUUGGCAACUCGAGACGCGACCAUGGGUGGCCGUAUUGUGGAAGUGCUUGCUGCAACAAAUCAGCAAAAUCCCACUACAUAUGGACCUGGCCAGUACUCUUCUUUCACUGGAAAGCUUGCAAACGAGAUUUUAGCAAGAAAGCGGCGAGGCGACGAGAGUAUUGAAUUCGCAGAGCUAAUCGAGCACCUACGCCUAACCUCCCCACUUGGAAAACCUAUCCACUCGACUGUGAUUGGUUGCAACUCGGUCAGGCUUUGGUUUCCAGGAAAAGAAGGGUUUGAUAGCACCCGGACAGAAACACCCCCAUCCUUAUAUGCUGUGUUCUCACUUCGAAUCUCGCGAAGUCUCCGCCAAGAAGAGAUUGAUGACUUUGUUGUUUGGCUACGGAAGAUACCAAGGCGUUUUGGUCUGUCCCUUGAUGCGGUCUAUGAGACAGAAUCCCAGACUCUUAUUUUCCGAGGGGCAUACUCCUUUUUCAGCAAGCUGGUGGGUACUUCCUGUGUCAAAUUGAUAGCUGAAACGACGCACCCAUAUCCUUUGCAACGGAUCGGAUUAUCUCGGCUUAAGGAAAAUGUUCCACCCGCCGAAGUAGGAGGAAAAUCUGUGGUUUGACCUGCAUACCAGCAUUUGAAUUGCACGAUCUUGACUGCGCUGUUUGCUAUGACCUGGUUUGCCAUGCUGUGUUUUACAUUUGGCCCUUG